AUGAGUAACUAUAAUAACAGAACUUACAACAAAGACACAAUUUAAGAGUUAAGUUUCGGGGCAUUUAUUCUAAAAACUUCAACCAUUAAAACUCCCUUAGAUACUGAAUAUAAAAUAAGUAUGAUCUUCGAAAAAAAUCUCAAGAGAAAAUAAAAACUAGACAAAAAGACAUUUUUAAAAUUUUCAAGAAAAUUAAACAGAAAAUAUGAGGAAUAAAAGGGCAGAUAUGACAAGUAUUUUUAGUCAAUAGAAUUUUUCAGAUUCCUAUUCGAUUUUAAAAGGUCAAACCCUUUUACACAAUUCUGUGAUCGUGAUAUAAUCUAUGAUAUAAAAAGCAAAAUUCGUCUAACAAUGCUUUAAUCUUAAACACCCUUAAUAAAGAAAAAGGGACAAGUCUUGAGAAGAAAAUUUGGGAGUGAAAUGAAUAUGAUGAUUAGAAGUGAUAAUAGCAAACUUCUGGGUUCAUUUGUGCUCCAAAGGGAUGCUUCAAAAGAAGAUCCAUCUUUGAUUGCUGGAACCAGAACGAGUAAUUAAGUCAUUUCUUCUUUUAGUGGGAUAAACUUUAAAUAAUUUAUUGAGGAUAAUCAUGAAAAUUCUCCUGUCUUAGAAUAAAAUUCAGCACCAUCAUCAAGUUCAUCUUCUAGUAGCUCAAGUUCUGAAAAUGAAGAUAACCAAAAUGAAAAUGAUUAAAAUCCAUCACUAAACAUGCUAAAUGACUUUUUAUCCCAAUAACAUUCAUUUCAAACUGUGGGUCUUAAUAAGACAACAGGUAUUUAGAACAUUUCUAAGGAUUUCUAAGCAAUUAAAGGUUCGUCGGAGUAAUCAGGAAACAUCUCAUUUUAAAACCCUGUUUAAGAAGAAUUAAAAUUCCAGCAAGAUAUGAAUGAGUAUAAGCACAGUCUUUAUGAUAUGGCGAAUGACACAAUUGUAACAAUAUCCUCAAUUCAAGAAUUUGAUAAGGAUAAGGAUUGGCUUUCAAGGUAAGUAGCCUACGAUUCAUCUGAUUAAUCAGAUGGAAACAGAACUAUAAAAGAUUUGGCAAUUAAUAUCUAAAUUGGAAUUCCUACUCCUAUGACUUCAUAGGUAAAAACUAGAGAGACCACAGUUAAGAAUACUAAUAAAAGGCCUAGUUUUAGGAUUCAUGAUAACAGUUAGGCUAUUCUUUACUAACCUAAAAAUUAAAAGCGUCCAAGCAUUAGAAUAACAGUUAUUCCUGAUACAAAUUUAAGUUCUUUGAUACCUCCUAGAAGAUAAAGUAUGAUGGUUGGCUCUGGUCUCACAGGAUUAACUGGUUUUAAUACAUAAUUAAUGUUUGAGAUAAGUCCUAGUACAACUUCGAAGCGUCCAAGUUUCCGCCUAAUGGAAAACACUGAUAUGCAAUCUAAUGAAAGUCCGAAACACUUAUAAAAAUAGUUUCGUGGGAUCUAAGAAAAAGUAAAAGAAGAAGAAGAGGAUGAAUAUAUCGAAGAAAUUAAAAUCUAGAAUUAAAUUGAUCGCAAUCAAGAUAUUGUAGUCAAAGACCUUUCAUCAUCUUGA